GGGAAGUCUCGCGGGCCUUCGGUCCAUGAAUGGUCGGGAACGACAUGUUCGUCAGAUAAGAGUGGAUGCGGCCUCGAGACGAUGCUAUCGAUGCAGGCCGGGAAGCUUAUUAUUAAGUACGAGUAGCAGCCGCGAGCUGCUUAGUAUUCUUUCUCGAGGUGGCCUAGGAGACCGACAAACACUGGUCUUCUUCAUGACUCGAAAAACGCUGCAUCCAUGAUGGAUGAGCCGAUUGCGAUCAUCGGGCUGGACGCCAGGUUCCCUGGUGACGGCGAGACUGCCGAAAAGUUCUACGAGUUCCUGCUCGCGGGACGGUCAGCCCGGACUGAGAUACCGGCAGAGCGGUACAAUGCCGACGCGUUUUGGCAUCCCGACCCUGAAAGAUGCGGCAGUACCCGAGUCCGAGCGGCGCACUUCCUCAAAGGCAGCAUAUCGGCCUUCGAUGCCCCUUUCUUCUCCAUCACGCCCACCGAGGCGGCCAGCAUGGAUCCGCAACAGCGCGGCAUGCUGGAGAGUGUUUACAAAGCACUUGAAAACGCUGGGGUUUCCCUCGAGGCGGCGGCCGGAUCCCAAACGGGCGUCUUCGUCGGUUGCAUGUAUUCUGACUACGACCGGAUGAUGACCAAGGACCUCGACAUCCCCCUGAAGUAUGGCGUCAACGGUACCGUGGUCAGCAUGCUCAGCAACCGGGUCUCGUGGUUCUACGACUUUCGCGGCCCGAGCAUGACCAUCGACACGGCCUGUUCGAGUAGUCUCGUAGCCGCGCACCAGGCCGUGAACAGCCUGAAGCUCCGUGAGACCUCCAUGGCAAUUGUCGGCGGAUGCAACCUCAUGAUCUCGCCCGAGUUCACGCUCCUGCUUGACGCAGCAGGAGUGCUCGGCCCGGACGGCACCUCCCACAGUUUCGACCACCGGGGCAACGGGUACGGUCGAGGCGAAGGCUUCGGGACCAUCGUGUUGAAGAGGGUCUCGGAUGCCAUCCGCGAUGGAGACAUGAUCCGCGCCGUCAUUCGGAAUACCGGGUCCAAUUCCGAUGGGAGAUCCCCUGGAAUCACACAGCCCAUGCAGGGUGCCCAGGCCGACCUCAUUCGACAGGUCUACGCCAGAGCCUCCCUUGAUCCGUCGUUAACGCGAUUCUUUGAAGCUCAUGGCACAGGUACCGCGGUCGGAGACCCUAUCGAAGCAGGGGCCAUUAGCGACGUCUUUACCCAGCACCGGUCCGCGGACCAGCCCCUGUACGUUGGAGCCUUGAAGAGUAAUGUUGGGCAUCUGGAGGGCGCCGCUGGGGUUGCUGCCAUCAUUAAGGGAGUUCUCACCCUGGAGCGUGGUAUCAUCCCCGCCAACACGUGGUUUGAGAAACGAAACCCUAAGAUACUAGAGGAAUGGAACCUGGCUUUUCCAACCAAGGCAACCCCUUGGCCGCAAUCUGGUGUGCGCCGCAUGUCCAUCAACUCGUUCGGAGUUGGCGGCACCAACGCCCACGUUGUAAUGGACGAUGCUUUGCACUUUUUGAAGCAGUACCAUCUCGGGGGCAGCCAUCGUACUGUGGCGAACCCGAAACUGAUUGCUUAUGCCAAUGGACACCCAAAUGGAGGUCACUCUCCACCAAAAGUAGUGAAUGGCAGCGGCAUUCAUAAAUCAGAACCUCGGGUCAACGGCCUUAGUAAUGGCGUUCGCACCCCUACACGAGUCGUCAACGGCUGGCAACCGUCCACUAAGUUGAAUGGCACCAGUCUGCCACCCCUUGUCGACGAGGGCAAGGCCGGACUGGAUGACAACGAAGACGAAAUGAUAGAAGAAGAAGGAGAGGGAGAAGAAGAACGACAACAAUUAUACGUGUUGUCUUCAUAUGACCGGGAUGGUGUUUCCCGCCUACACGAGCUUUACAGCCAGUACCUUGAGUCGAAACGGUCGAGUGAAGCAGUCCCGUUCUUGAGGGAUCUUAGUUACACGCUCGCAAGCAAGAGAACCCGGCAUGGGUGGCGAUCCUUCAGCAUCGCGAGCUCUCAGGCGGCUCUACAAAAGGCGCUUAGCGAGAAGCCCACACCAAUAAGAGCAGCGGCCGAGCCACGUCUGGCCUUUAUCUUCACGGGCCAGGGCGCGCAGUGGCCUGCUAUGGGUCGAGAGCUGAUGAGUUAUCCGACAUUCCAACAAAGCCUCUACGCUGCGGAUAAAUACCUCAGCAGCUUGGGCUGUUCCUGGUCAUUACCAUAUGAACUGUGCAAGGACGCCAAAACUUCACGGAUAGACGACCCGGAGUUCUGUCAGCCUAUUUGCACCGCCUUACAAGUUGCCUUGGUAGACCUUCUUUCCACGUGGCGCAUACACCCCCACGCCGUCUCUGGUCACUCUUCCGGCGAGAUCGCUGCCGCUUACGCCGCCGGCCACCUCUCCAAAGAGGCAGCAUGGCGCAUCUCAUAUUACAGGGGCAAACUGUGUGCCAGACUGUCCCGUUCCAAGACACAGCCCAAGACGGGCAUGGUGGCCGUGGCCCUCGACAAAGAAGCCACGCUAGCGAGCAUCGAUCGUGUCAACCGCAUGAUCAGCGAAGGUGGACUGGAAAUUGCCUGUAUGAACAGUCCCGAGAGUCACACCGUCAGUGGCGAUAUCGCCAAGAUCGACGCCCUGGUCGAAUUGCUGAAAGGCGAAAAAAUAUUUGCUCGCAAGCUGACGGUCGAUAUUGCGUACCAUUCCCGGUUCAUGCAGCCCAUUAGCGACGAGUAUCUCGACUUGAUAGGCGAGGUGCAGGAGGGUGCUAGACAAGGCCCUUCGGAGCCUUCGUACUUUUCGUCUCUAUACGGUGCUUCCAUCCCGCCGUCGAAGCUUCGGGGGGCUGAUUACUGGGUCGACAACUUGGUGUCGCCUGUUCGCUUCAAUGAGGCUAUCACGGAUAUGCUCCAGGGACCUGCAAAGGCCCAUGGAGUCAAUGGAGUCAAUGGAGUGAAUGGAGUGAAUGGGGUUGAUGGACAUAAUAAGCACUAUAUACAACCCCCAAGACCCAUUACCGACAUUCUCGAGAUAGGUCCACACAGUGGUCUGAAAGGACCACUGCGAAGCAUCACGAGUCAGAUCAAGGGAGGCGACACCGUCAAGUACCACUCGGUGAUUCGACGCAAAGAGUCGGCCAUGAACACCGCUCUGGAAGCAGCCGGCUCGUUGUUUUGUCGAGGCUACGACGUCGACCUGCUCGAGGUCAACAAGACGGCCGCAUCCAAAAACCAUACUCCCCUAAUGCUCACCGACCUCCCGAGCUACCCUUUCAACCAUACCAACGAGCACUGGGCCGAAAGUCGGAUUAGCAAAAAUUUCCGCUUCCGCCCUGCCCCCCGCCACGAACUCCUCGGCGCCCCGGCUCGCGAUUGGGACAAAGACAAUGCGGUAUGGUGCAACCACAUCAGGCUCUCGGAGAACCCCUGGAUCGAGGAUCACAAAGUGUCCGGCGACAUUCUUUAUCCCGCCGCCGGAAUGCUCGUCAUGGCCAUUGAAGCCAGCCGCCAGAUCGCUGACAAGGACAAUGUGGUCACGGGAUUCCGAUUCAAGGACGUGUCGUUCCAUCUCGCCCUGCGCAUCCCAGAUACUGCGCAAGGUGUCGAGUCGCACUUCUACCUGCGGUCAUCUCGAAAGACUAGUGCGCCCUCCUCGUCAUCCUGGAAUGAAUUCCAACUUUGCACGCUAGAGGGAGGCGAGUGGAGAGAGCACUGUCGUGGACUUAUACAAACCGAGUACGAGUCAGAACACACCCCCGUGGACGGGGGACUGGAAGACCAAAUGGUGCAAGAAAAGCGCAAUCAAGAACUGAAGCACGCGCAGAGUAGCUGUGCAAGAAAAGUCACAGCCUCCAAGUUGUACACCACCUUCCGGGAUACCGGACUCGAUUUUGGCCCUUCCUUCCGGACACUCAAGGAUGUCCGGCUAGGACCAGCCCACCAGAUGCUCGCCAACAUCGACUCGAUGGUUUCCAGCAUCCAGAAGGGCAUGCCGUAUCAAUACCUCCAGCCUCACCUGGUACAUCCGUCCACCCUGGAUGGGUUGAUGCAGGCUAACCUUGUUCCCCUGGUGCUUACUCCCAAGCGAUCUCAGCAGGCCAUAGUCCCCAUUUACGCAGCUGAGAUGUGGGUUUCGGCUGCUUCACACGAUGCCUACACGGUAUCCGCCCAGCCCAAACCCCGUGGCGGAGAGGCCGAGUCUUCUUUUGCGGCGGUCCACCCCGAAACAGGAGUGCCCCUGGUUUAUGCUUCGGGCCUGGUCUUCAAGACCCUUCCUGGUGACGCCUCUUCAAAGUCACAGGAUGACCCCAAGCACUCGGCUCUCAACCUAGACUGGAAGCCCGACCCGACCAUCCUGACCAAAGACCAAGCGGGACAAGUCUUCGGUCUUCCCGUCACAGCACAAGACGACCCAUCAGGAUGGAUGGACGACUGCGAGUCUCUCUGCUUCCUCUACAUGCGCCAAUUCCUCGCGUCAACCUCGAAAACCGACAUCGCCAAGAUGGAACCGCACCACCAGUGCUACGUAUCCUGGAUGGCCCACAUCAUCACCACCACCACCUCCACCCGGAGACUGUCCUGCGACAGCAUCCCCGAACUCGAGGAAAGAGUCAGAGUCGGAGACACCCCCGAAGGCAAGCUCAUCACGGCUGUUGGCCAAGCCCUCCCCCAAAUGCUUGGCGGCUCCCUCGAUCCCCUCGACAUAAUCUUCAAAGACAAGCUCGCCGAGAACGUCUACCGGCACGGCCUGGGCUCGAACCGGUGCUACGCCCAACUGCGCGCCUACCUCGACGCCCUUGCGCACAAGAACCCGACCAUGAAAGUCCUCGAGGUCGGCGCGGGAACAGGGGGGGCGACGUAUUCCGUCAUGCAGACCCUCGCACGGGAGAAUGGCAGAAGGUACGACCACUACGACUUCACCGACAUCUCGCCUUCCUUCUUCGAGCUGGCGCGGGACUUGUUCAAGGACCACUUGGACAACAUGAGUUUCCGGGUGCUGAACGCGGAGCGGGAUCCCGCAGAACAGGGGUUCGGAAAGGGGGAGUACGAUCUGGUGGUUGCGGCGAAUGUGUUGCAUGCUACGGCGAAUAUCAACAAUACCCUGCAGAACAUAAAAACGCUUCUCAAGCCCGGGGGAAAGCUGUUGCUGUUCGAGCUUACGAACCCGAGUAUUCUGCUCGGCAGCUUCUGCUUUGGUGUGUUGCCGGGCUGGUGGCUGUCGGAGGAGCCGGAGAGGGAGUGGGGACCGUUGAUGUCGGCAGAGAAUUGGGGUCGGCAUUUGUUGGACUCGGGGUUUACGGGUUUGGAUGCUGUUUUGGAUGAUUUUCCGGAUCCGGAGUACCAGUCGAGUUCGGUGCUGGCGUCGACUGUGCCGGUGCCAGAGCAAAAGCUGGUGUCGGGGAAUGCUACCUACAUUGUGGUUGACGUGAGGUCGGCGCUGCAAAAGCAGGUGGCUGGGGGUAUGUCGACCGCCAUAGCCCCUUGCGAGACGGUUGCAAUGACGGCGAUGGGAGACAAAGACCUGAAGGACAGCACCUGCAUAGUCCUCUCCGAGCUUGAGUCACCAGUGCUUGCGAAUAUGGGACAGGAGGUCUUUGCCGCUCUCAAGCACAUGGUUCAUAACUGCAAGCAACUCGUCUGGCUGACUCGCGGUGGAACAGCUACCACGGCAGCACCAGACAUGGAGUUGAUCACUGGUAUGGCGAGAGGCAUCCGGGCAGAGAAGCCCGACUUGAGGUUCGUCACCCUGUCCUUUGAGCAGGGAGACAACUCGAGCACCAUCGUCGGUUGCUCGUUGCAGGUGUUGCGUACCCUCGAGAACAGCACGGAGAACUCCUUCCGCAUCUCCAACGGGAUGAUUCAUGUUCCCCGCCUUGUCGAGGCAAAGGCUUUGACGGAACACAUGCAAACCCAGACCGCCUCUCCAAAUGUGGUGGAAGAGCACUUUGGUGGUACUCCCGAUCGCUCCCUCUCUCUUCAGAUCGGCACCACGGGCUUGCUGGACACACUGAGGUUUGAGGAUGAUCCGUUGUACAGCUCGCCCCUGGCAGACGACGAGGUCGAGUUCAUGACCAUGGCUAGCGGGGUCAACGCCCAGGACUUAGCGAUAGCGCUGGGUAAGGCUUCGGAAGCGCCGCUUGGACUUGAGGCCUCCGGUAUCGUCACCAGGGUAGGAUCCGCAGUUGAGUUCAAGGUCGGAGACAAAGUCUUCGGACUGUGCUUCCAAGGAGGCAUCAAGACGUAUGUGCGAUCUCAACAAGGGUUCGUUGCCAAGAUGCCGGACUCAAUGUCUUGGGCCGAGGCUGCUUCGAUCCCUAUAGCAUACACAACGAGUUAUGCCGUGCUCCACGAGACGGGUGUCCUUAACCAAAGGGACACCAUGCUCAUCCAUUCGGCCGCCAGCGGGCUCGGUCAAGCUGCCCUUCAGCUAGCCCAAUACCAGGGGGCAGACGUCUUCGCAACAGUCGCAAGCAUCGAAGAACGCGAGUUCCUUGAAACCACGUACAGCGUGCCUCGGCAUCACAUCUUCUCCAGCCGCGACUUGUCCUUCAAGGCCGGCAUCCUCCGCGCGACAAACAACCGCGGUGUUGAUGUGGUCCUGAACUGCCUCGCAGGAGAAGCUCUUAGAGCCAGCUGGGACUGCGUUGCUCCAUUUGGCCGCUUCGUCGAGCUUGGACUGGGGGGAGAUAUCAACGCUAACGCUUCCAUAUCCAUGGGAAACUUCAACCGCAACACCCGCUUCGAGUCGUUUGAUGCCGUCUUCCUGGCUCAACAUGACCCCGUGCGGGCACAGCGCAUUUUCCAGCAGGCCGUCACGUUUGUUUUGAACCAGCUCGAUGCGGCGAAGCGGAUGACACCUAUCACUUCCCUACCUUACUCUCAAGUGCCAGCUGCAUUCCGGCAGUUGCAGUCUGGUGAACUUCUAGGGAACCUGGUGCUCGAGCCACAGCUUGGAGACGUGGUGCCUGUUCUCCCGAGCCGGAAACCCGCCAGCCAGUUCAGCUCUGCGGCUACUUAUGUCAUCUCUGGUGGUCUUGGAGGAUUGGGGAGGUCGGUUGCGCGAUGGAUGGCCUCCCGCGGCGCCAAGAACCUCAUCCUCCUGUCGAGGCGCGGUCCCGUCGAGGACUCGGCUAAGGAACUAAUCAAAGAACUCGAAUCGGUCUGCGACAAGGUUGUCGCACCCGCUUGUGACGUGACGGAUCCCGAAGCCCUAAGAGCGGUGGUCGCCGAAUGUCUGACUUCCAUGCCCCCAAUAAAGGGGUGUAUCCAGGGGUCCAUGGUACUAAAGGAUAACCGUUUCGAGCACAUGACACUCGACGACUGGAAUACCACCAUCCGCUCCAAGGUCGACUCAUCCCGCAACCUGCACCAAGUCCUCGGCUGCAACCUCGACUUCCUCAUCCUCCUAUCUUCCACCGUCGGCAUCACCGGCAACCCAGAGCAGUCCAACUACUCGGCCGGCGGCGCCUUCCAAGAUGCCCUAGCCCGACAACUAUCGACAGCAUCACCCCAAAACGGCCACAGCCUCAACGCCGUCUCCCUCGACCUCCCCGUCAUCCUCGACGUCGGCUUCGUAGCCGAGAAGCCCGAGCUGCUGGAUCACAUGCGCGCCUCGGGGUGGUCCUACAUGACCGAGGACGACCUUCUCUCCGUGCUAGACUUUUACUGUCGUCCAUCACCAUCCAACGCAGACUUAACGCGUCAGUCCCAGGCUAUACCCCGCCUCUGGCUCCCUCAACACACUGCUGCAGAGGGAAUCGACCUCCCCGCCUGGCGGAACGACCCUCUAUUCAGCCACCUCUCUAAUCACCAACCCUUCAAGUCCCCCACCUCUGACCCCAACUCGUCCACCUCCCCAACCAAAUCCGAUAAGAUAAACUACACCACCCUCCUUUCUGCCGCCACUUCCACGGAGGCGGCCACACAAAUCGUCCUCGACGCCCUGCUCCUCAAACUCUGCCGCGUUCUUAGUGUCGAGGCGUCCAACCUCGACCCGGCCAAACCACUCCACGCGUACGGUGUCGACUCCCUUGUCUCAGUCGAAUUGAGAGCGUGGUUGGCGAAGGAACUGGGCGCGGAAUUAUCCGUGUUUGAGAUGACGAGCCAGGGCAGUAUAUAUCAGUUGGCGGGGACGGCGGCGGCGGCGAGUAAGUUAGUGCCUAAGUUUGAGGGGAGUUGAUUUGGAACGACUUUGGAAAGGGCGGAAAGGGGAUUUUCUGUGUUUCUCUGAUGGAUUGAACAAUUGAUUGACUGAUUGUAUGUUUGUGGUUUGAUUAGGCGGCUAUACCCUCACUGCGAGAUUGUUAGCUAUGAGACACGAUUAUUUUAUAUGCUUUUAUUUCUUGG